GACUUUCAGGAUAGCAUUUGAAAUGUAAAUGAAGAAAAUAUCUAGUUAAAAAAAAUUUUAAAGGUCAGAUGUGGAGGUGAAUAUUUUAUCCCUAGGAGUCAGACCUUGAGACUGAAACAGCCCCAAAUGAUCCCGAAAAAAACAUACCAACCUCCAGAUCUGAACAGCAUGCUACAAUCAUUUCAAGGGCUCAUGAUGUCCAGUGAUACUGGGGUAAGGAGAAACCACAGCACCAUGAAGCCCUCUCCUCUCAAUGUCUUCCAGAGUUUAUUUCUCUGUUAAGUCUCUGGUUUCACGUUGCUUCUCCCACUCUGCACAGCAAUCUGCCUCUGCUUGAUUUAAACACGGCUUCUCCGUGUUUCUUCUCUCUUUCUCAUUUAGCUUCUGUUCCUUAAGUUACAAAUAAGGUUAUGCUUUGUCUUUCAUGUGACUUUUAACUAAUGUGUCUCAUUUUUCUGCAGUUCAUGUGACUCUACAUCAAAAAAAGGCAAACAUUGUCAUUAACAAAGAGAAAAAGACAAAUGCAGCAUGCAAAUUCCUAUAGAAGGAAUUUGCAAAUUUCUGAGAUCUAUCAUUUUGUUGUCCUGGGAUAUCCAACUAUUGGCACAGGGGAACAAUACCUGGAAGUAGACAUGUCUAGAAGUGAUGCCUGGCUCCUGGGAUUAAAUCAUGGACCACAUGCUGCACCCCAACUUUGUUCUAUGAAUGAAAUGUUCCCUAAUGUCAAAUUUCAUGAUACUGAUAUACAGCAUGAAACUUAUCAGUCUAAAUAUGGCUACUGGAUUAUAGGGAUGAAGUAUAGGUCUGUAUAUGCCUUUGAUAAGUGUCCUGUCACCUACAAUUCAGUGUCUUGGCCCUCUCUCUGUCUGGUCCUCUCAGUCAUGUUGGAGUUUUCCUGUCCUGGGAAGCUAGGACUCUCUCAUUUUAUGAUGUUUCUACCUAUGAAGCUUUCAUCUAUUGGUUCUAUGACCCUUCCUUCCCUGAUACGGUCAAUAUUUUAAUAUUGAUAUUUAAUAUUUUAAUAUUUAAUAUUUUAAUCCUAUUGAAUGUUCAAUGCCAAUGACAGUAUGCGUACCACCCUCUUAAAUCCUCACGUAUAUCUAUACAGUGCCCUAUGUCUGGUGUAGCUCAUGUGCCUGAGCUCCAGUGUCAUUUCUACUUUUCCUGGUUUUGGUCCUUCCAUUUUCAUGACUUUCCUUUCCUUUCUAAAUACAAACCACUAUAGACUCAUUUCCUUGAUCCAAUUCUUUCUCUGUUUACAGUGCAAUAAUAAUUCAUCCUUUUCCAUACUCCCGAAGAAACAGCUGUUUCACCUUUAGAAGAAGUAGCACCUCUGAUCCACCCACCACUGUUGGAACACAAUCAAAAGAAUGCCACAUGAUUGUGAACAAUGCCUUGGAGACCUGUGACAGUGGCCCCAGAAGGGGAAUAAAGGCAGAGGGACUUUUACCUCAAAUGGAUUCUGUUCCCUGGAUUGUUCUUGGAUGUGAUUUCAUGCCUGUUGGGAGAAAAAUUCUCAUUCAAUUUGUAAGAGUUGCUUAUUCUUUUUGGAUGUCGGAAUAUAGCUACAGAUCCAUUCUGGUGAAAGCAUAUGCUGAGUAUUUGCCACAAUGUAUCCUGAAUCUGAAUAUGGCCUUGACCCUUGCUUUCAUGAUUUACCAGAUAUAGCUUAUAGUAAAUUUCAGCCAAUUGUGUCUAAAUUUUUCUGCCUUGAGAAAGUUCCAGGAAGGGCUGCUCUGUUAAUAUUUAGUAUAUACUUACUAGCACAUAUUUACAUAUAUUUCUAAACUCAAAUAACCUUUCCUAAAUUGUAGUUUUCUUUGUAUACUCGUAUAUAAAAGUACUGAAGUACAGUCUGCAGCAUUAGAUUAUAUUCUGCCCCAUUCUUUCAAGUCUUCAAACCCCAGUUCUUUUUGAUAGAUCUACCUGGUUUGUGGUUCCAGAGACAGAAUUCAGGUCUUCAUGCAUGCUGAGAAGGUGCCCCAUCAUGGAGCUUUCUGCCCCAACUCUGUCAGGUCUCCACAGGCCCAUUCUUUCUGUCACUCAUAAAAGAUAAACGAAAGUUCUUCUGCAGCUUGCCUAGUGGUUUUGAAAAUUAUGUGUACGAGCAUCUCGCUAAGGAAUGGGCCUUAGCAGAAGGUCAUUUUAGCGGCAAUGCUUGCGCCUCAUCAAAUAGUUAAGAAGGAAAUAUUUCAAAUGGUACCAAAUAAGACUCCUUUGUAAGCUUAGAUUUUUCAAACCCACUUUAAUAAGGGUUCUAAGGUGCUUUAACCUCCCCUCUAGUCCAUCACCCACCAGACCGUGAAAAGGAAAGGUUAAUAGAGCACAGGAGGAUGUGGACCUGUUUAGAAAUACUUCUUUGAGGUGAAUCUGUCUGCACUGUCAGGAUAUCAGCCGUUCAGAUCACAGAAGUCAACAGUGGUAGCUCAGUCUGCUUGCAAACACCAUUGCGAAUCAGCAAUGGCUGUUCAUUCCAGAAGAAACAGUGAGGCUCUGCCAAUCACCCUAAGACCAACAAAGACCAGUAAAGACCACCAAAGAACAGCAAAGAACAGCUGUGUCUGUGAAAAAUGCAAGAGAGAGCACUUACAGGGCAGCAAGUAGAAUCCAGAUGUGGCAUCACACCCUGGCAGAGGAUGCAGCAGCCCAUUCAAAACUGUGGCCAUGCUUUGGUUGAAGAAUGAGAAUACCUGGAGUAUAAACUCACAAGUGUUUUUACUUUUAUCAAAUUAUAAAUCUACAUUUAUACUUAAGAUAAAAAUGUUCAAAUU